CUUGACAAGUGUCGCCGCCUGGUGAGAAACACUGCAAACGUGUAACUUUUAUAAUUAGUAAUAUCGCCAUCAUAGCUCAUUCAAGUAUUUUCUAUGCAUUCGGCACGUUGAUUGUAAAAAUAAACAGAAUUAUUUGGUUUUUCGUCAUUCAAUUUGUUUAAAACUCGAAGCAAAACAGUUUUUACAUCAAAUCCAAUCGAAGUAGUUUCGAAAUAAUAACAAGUGAAAGUGUUUUUGAUUGAAUCGAUAGCCGAAAAAGAGAGAAAAAGAGUGAAAGAGAGAGAGAGAAGAAACCAAGCAAAAACAGGAAAAAAGUGAAUAGCUUCGCAGUGUGUCAUACGCGAUAAGAAAAGGCAUAAAUAGUAGAACUGCAUGAACGAUUGAUUAGUCAGACGUGAAUAAUUGAAAGUGUGAAUAUGUCAUCGAUUGGCAAGGUCCACUUGAACGGGUCGACAGUAUUGUCGCUGAAUGAUCGCUUUACAAUCAUGCAAAAGCAGAGUGGUGGUGCACCGAUGCCACCCAGACCAAGACCACGACCAAGAGCUAGAAGCCGUUCUCGAUCACGUUCACGUCUUGUGCCACACAUUGCUGAGGUACCAGUGUCGCCACGAGUUACACAACGCAAUCGAAAUCUGCUGAAUCAACUGGACAACAAACUUCGCGUUGCACUCAAGUUGAAACGAAGAAGCAUGAAAAUAAAGCCCCAAAACGCGAUUGGCGUUAGAGGACGUCGACAAUUGAUUCGACCAUCAGCUGCAUCAUUGAUAAAUACAGCAAAUUCACGCAGACGUUUGCGUCGUUCAAACAGUGUCGCCAAACAGAUCGCAACCAUCAAAGCGGAUCUGAUAAAGAAUGUGAAGCGUGUACGUCGUUUGACCCGGUCCAAUUCAACAUUGAAUCUCACCGAACAGCUUGGCGUUCGUGGCCGGCCGAGACUGCGUCGCAAUAAUCCAGUUGGCGAACGUGCUGCCUCAAGAUCGAGAGCUCGAUCGGCAAGCCGAAAUCGAAUCAAUUUAACGCGCACGAAUUCAAAGCAAAAUUUACGUGGACGUUCAGCGUCGCGCCAGCGUCAAGGCGGCGCCCCACUCCGUUUGAAUCCCUCAAAUAGCCGCUUGAAUCUUCGUGGUCAGGGCCAACAACAACAACAGCCACAAAGAGCGGCAAUUGUACGACGCCGCUCUCGCAGUCAAUCUCGAACGAAUGUACGCAGAAGUGCAUCAGUCAAUGCUCGCCUCGGAGUCAGACGCCAAAACGCUGUUGGACAGCGGCCAGGACAAAGAGUCGGGCAGCGACCAGGACAAAGAGUCGGGCAGCGACCAGGACAAAGAGUCGGGCAGCGACCAGGGCAAAGGCUUGGAAAACGCCAACCAAACAAGCAGGGACUUAGAACAGUUCAACGCGGACGAAUCAACAAACGACAAAAUACAAAUCCACGCACUGGAAAUGGCGUACAACAACAACAACAACAACAACAACAACGUGGUCGAUCGCAAUCAAGAGCACGAAAUGGGCCACGCAAUCAAUCUCGCACCCGCAAAGGUGCUAACCAACAACAACAACAACAACAACGUGGAGCAAAUCGUCAACGAGGCAAACAACAACAACAACCAGCACGAGGUCGAUCUCUGAAGAAAAUUGUGAAACGUGAGCCACCAAAGAGCAAAGAGCAAUUAGAUGCGGAGCUAGAUCAAUACAUGGUGAAUACAAAAUCCAGUCUCGACCAGGAGAUGAGCAUCUACACGAAAUAAACGAUCAUCCAUCAAACACGUAUCAUUUAAGAGUUAGAUGAAAGAAUAAACACUUUUGAUAAAACAAUCAAUGAUAACCAAUACAAGAAAAA